CCACCCCUGCGCCUUCAUCCUGGGGCACCCCCCAGCCCUGCCCCUCAGCUCCCCCCUGCGCGAGGUGCUGCCAUCCGGUCCCGGCUCUGCCCCCCCGCUCGGGGGUGAAUCCGCUCACCCCGGUUCCUGCCCGCCCCGAUGCGUGACACGGGCUGGCAGGGAGAUCUGGGCUGGCAGCUCCAGGCCGGUGGCUGAAAGCCGUAGCAGCCGCGCGGGGUGGCGGCGAGACGUGCUGAGGGAUUUUAAGUUGACUGGAAUAGCUGUGAUGGCCACCCUUGAGAAAUGCCCAGACCUGAGGUUCCAGCAGACCAGUCCAACAGACUCUAAUACAGGUCAAAAGCGCUGUUCUUUGGAGACCGACUGGAAAACCCCAACUCUGUCUGUGAGGUUCCAGAGUCGCUUUGGUCACUGUUCAAGUAUGGCUGACAGUGGGGAUACAGCAAUCGGGACCUCCUGCUCAGACAGCACAGAGGAAUUUUGCAAUUCCAGUAGCAGUUCCUCGUUUCAGCCCAUCAAAACCCAAGUGACCAUCCCUACAGCCCAUGUCAUGCCUUCUACGUUGGGUACUUCACCUUCCAUGCUCUACGCAACAGGUGAGCCAAGCUCUUUGCAGAAUGCACCAGUUUCAUCCAAACCAGCCGUCCCAAGACCGUCCACUGAAAAUGGAGGGCUGACAAGAAGUGGAGAUUUUACUGCUGUGAAAUCCUCUCAAGUGGAUCUCUUGCAUCUCUACGGGACUUCCGGGGAAAAUGGUUUUGAGCAGUCCUGGUUUCCUAUUUCUGAUCAUCUGAGAGCGGAAGACACACGAAAAUUUGACACGCCUGCCGUUGAGCCGACCCUUAAUCAGUCUGUUUUGCUGGAUACGCUGUACGCUGACCCGGCCCACAAGUUCCAGGAUCCAAGCUUGGUUUCCACUUACAAAGGAAAGGAGCCUUACAAAGUGCUGCCGGAGACUAAACCAGCAACAGGGGCCAGUGAAGCGUGUGAGCCACAAACCGGUACUUGGCCCACUGGGAGCAGACUGAUGCCAUUAGGGUUUCAGCCCAAUAACGUCUUUUCGAAACCAAUGGCGGCUCAGUCUCAGGUGUGGAGGCAGGAGCCUUGCACUUUGCAUCCACAUCAGAGGGCCUGUGAACUCAGUGCUUGGAGGCAGCAGCUGGACAACAUACGGUUGCAAGUAGAACAGAUGCAGUUACAGAAUGGAGCUGCUUGCCACCAACCUUCAAUGUAUGCUACCUCACUGCACUCCACUGAUCCAGCCCAAUGGGUCAGUAUCCUGAACACCAGUGAGAAUUUACUUAAGGAAAAAGAGAUCCUCAUUGACAGGCAGAGGCAGCACAUCUCCCAGUUGGAGCAGAAAGUGCGGGAGAGUGAGCUGCAGGUUCACAGUGCUCUUCUGAGCUGUACUCCCCCCUAUGGAGAUAUUUGCAUGUUGAGAAUGCAGGAGCUGCAGCGGGAGAACUCGUUCCUGCGAGCACAGUUUACUGAGAAGACUGAAUCCCUCAGUAAGGAAAAGAUUGAAUUGGAGAAGAAGCUGGCUGCUUCAGAGGUGGAUGCGAAACUGAUUCGGGAGACGCUGAAGGAGACCGUGCAGAAGCAUGUGGAGGAAUUGAAGAAACAAGAAGAGCGGAUAAAGGGAAGAGACAAACAUAUUAACAGUCUGAAAAAGAAAUGCCAAAAGGAGUCUGAGCAAAACCGGGAGAGACAGCAGAGAAUUGAGACCCUGGAGCGCUACCUGGCUGAUCUGCCAACACUAGAGGAUCAUCAGAAACAGAAUCAGCAGUUAAAGGAAUCGGAACUGAAGAGUUCUGCUCUGCGGGAAACCGUGACGGUGCUGAAGAGAGAGCUUGGAGAUGUCCGGGCUGCCUGCAGAGAGCAGGAGAUGCAGCUAGAAACACAAAAACGCAAAGAACUGGAGUUGCUUUCCACUGUGCACAGCUUGCAGGAUAGGGUGCAGCAGUGUGUGAAGAGUGCAGGCAGAGGGUCACCUGUCCAGGAGGUGGAGAAACAGAAAUCAGAAAAUGAUUCUCUGCAGAAAGACUGUGAUUGUCUCAGGAAGAUUGUGGACAAACAGCAGAAGAAGAUGGAGCAGUUAUCUUCACGAAUAAAGAGCCUGGAAGAACAGGUGUCUCAGGAAGAGGGGACAAGUCAGGCUCUGAAGGAGGAGGCGACGCGAAGAGAAAACGCACUGCAGCAGCUACGCACGGCCGUGAAAGAGCUUUCAGUGCAGAACCAGGAUCUGAUUGAGAAGAAUUUGACCCUACAGGAGCACCUCCAGCAGGUAGAGAUGAACCAACCGCUUCCUGCCGGGACAGCACACCUCGCCCAUGAGUUACAUAGUGAACUGGCCAGCUGCCUACAGGAUUUGCAGUCUGUCUACAGCAUUGUGACUCAAAGAGCACAGGGCAAGGAUCCCAACCUUUCCCUGCUCCUGGGCAUUCACUCUGUGCAAGCUUCAGUUAAGGAGAAGGAUGACUUGCUGAACCCAGACGUGUUUGCAAAGAAACUGAUGGAGGUGAAACAGCUUCACAAAGACAUCGAGGACUUACGGACUGCAAUAUCUGAUAGAUAUGCACAGGAUAUGGGGGACAACUGCAUCACGCAGUGAUGGAUAAGCUCUCCCCAGGAUAGCAUAGGAACAACUGGAAAUGAACACUUGAAAACCUGAGAUUAGAGCCCAUGUAAUGGAAAAAACUAUCAAGCACCUUAUCUCAAUUCCAAGGUACCAAGAUGCUGGUGCUUAUCCACAAGAGGAAGUCAGGGAUUCUGAUGCCAAGGUCAUUUAGAUGCUGAUUGCCUAACCGGAACUAUUUAGGAUCUUUGGUGUUCAUCAGACUUUGCAGCAACUUGGAUCCUUUGGAAGGUGAUAUGUUGGAUUUGGUGCAGUCGCUGAUUCGAUCUGGUGGGUGAGUUACUAGUUAUCUUCCAAGUAUGUCAAAUACUGAACAUGGAAACACAAGGAUUCAGACUGACAUGAAAAGGAAACGGAUGCCAUGGCCUCUGUCCUUUCUGGUAAAUAAACAAUCCAAGCAGAUUCCUUCUGAAUAUUCUGGCCUUACUGAUUGCACAAAAGUGUUCAGAGGAAGUCUGUGGAGUUCAUAGACAAGCUGCUAUGCCAUAGCACUGUUCAAUUGUACCUAGAAGUACAGUGUUACAGGCUUAUCUGCAACAACCAUGUAUAUGGUUCUGGCCCGGAUAAAUAGUGUGUGGUCAUUCGGGUAACCAGUUCUGCAUUGCUCAGGUAUAGGCAACUGAUGUCUUUCAGUAGCCAACAGGCUGAAAAAAAAGUGAUGCUAAAACUGGGUUCUGAAAAUGCUAGUCUUGAUGAGGCCUUAGGAUUUUAUCCCUUUAACGAUGCUCUGAAUGUGGACUGCUACUGAAGUGCCUUAAUCCUCUAGAGAAAUUUCCUGCCUACUUAACUUCAUCCAUGCAUCUGCUGGUCGGGUGGGGGAACUAGGCUUUCUCCUCGCUGCCUUUAUAGCCAUAAGCCAAUCCUGCAGCAGCCUUGGGCAUACGUACACUCUGCCUGGCAGGACAGCUCACUGCAAGCAGCAGAGAGCCUUUGCAGGCCUGCAGCAGUGUUCUUGCACAAACACUUGCUGCCUCCCUGUGGAUGUUCAGUGGGAGAAAUGACAAUCCGACGUUCAGCAUCAUUGCAUGGGGUAGCCUCAAUGUGCUGCUGUCUGGGAUCUGAACAGGGUUUCCCCAAAAGUCCUGCAGGGUGGUGACGCCCUUAUAUGUCUACAGUGCAGUCACAGGGAGCCAUUGCUGCUCCUGUAGACACACCCGCUAGAUUAAAGCUAGCUCAGGACCAGAGCGGUGAAAUUGCAGCAGGGUACGCUCGAGCCGCGAGUAAUUACCCAGGAUUCCAUGUGUGCACAUGCAGCCUGCACGGUCGCAGCUUUACUGCUCCAGUUCCUGAACUAACUAGAUUAAAGCUUGCUUGGUUUUGUGUAUGUGAGCUGCAACCGCACCCUGUGAGUGUAGUGAUGUCAAAAUAAGCAAAUGAAAAUUCUUUUCCAUUAUCUUUUGUCAGCUCUCAGCCUUAGGGGUGACUCUAAACGUCUGCUUAGUUGGAAAAGCACCAAGAGGCUAAUGAUGAAACCCGCUGGCUGGUUCAGAAGCUAAGAAGUCAGUUCAGUCAGAUGCAAACCCUGCUGACACGUUAAAAUUUGGCUGGUGUAGGUUUCCAUCCUUCUUUUGGUGCUGAUCCCCAGUUCUGUGAAGAUGCUGUUCCUGGUGCUUUUUUGUCAGACUUCAUUGAAACCAAUAAAAUCUAUUUUUGAAAUCUGGCCAGCACAGUGUUUGUUCUGGAAACCACCUGGCUAAUAUGCUACCCAUGGCUAAGAUCAGAAAGUAGCUGAUGGGUGGCUUGUUAGCUGGUAUAUUCCCUGCCGUGUAGCUACUCUGUCCUUCCUGGAGCAUCUGGUGUGAUGCCUGGUGGUGUAACAUGGAUCAUUGUUAUAAUCACGGCAUCUCUCCACAGGUGCUGCCUCCAGCCAGCUCCCUUGCUGAGUCACUUAGACAGUGGGCCAAGAUAAUUCCUUGAAGUCAGUUGCCCAGACUAUUGAGAAAUACUAUGGGCACAACAGGGCCAGCAGCACCAAACAUGAAUGUUGCUGGGUAACUGGAAACCUUGGUGACCAUGUUGUUUACCAGAGCUGUUGUUAGCCUGCUAGGGAACCUGCAUUUAGCACCUGACUUCUAAAGCAACCUCACCCACCUUUCCAUUUAUACCCACAAAACACUUGCAGGGAGGAAGAGAGGAGAUAGCUACAUGUCCCCAGCGGCACCCACAGAAUGAUGGGUGCAAAACCAGAGUCUAGGUCUUAAGCAAUGAAGAAGGGUUAAGAAAUGAAACCCUUGUGUAUUUAAGCUGAUACAGAGCAGGGCACUGCAUUUCUGUCCUUGGGGAAAGAGGUGAUAGGCUCCUAUGUGUCAUGGCGCUCGGGUAGCAUAUUACUGUGCCUGUGAGAGAGAGAACGAGCUUCAUUUUAAUCCUUUUACAAAGGUCUGUAUUUAAAAAAAAAAAAAAGUUCUUUGCACACCUUGUUAUUAAAGUAACUUCGGUUAUAGCAGGUAUCCACCAGCUUUGGUGGCUAGAGUGCCCAAGACCCAGGUAUCCAAAAUAACCAUGUACCGUGGUUAGUCUCAUUGCUUACGCAGGACGUGUUUAAACAGUUGACUUCUGCCUGGGGCCUGGUGUUUCCUUGUACAGUUAAGCACAGGUAUAUUUAUCUGAAUAUUUGUCUUACGCAGUUGUUUGUACUGACUAUUUUGAUUAUAAAAUAAAGCUGCUUUGUUCCUGUUGUGCAGAGCAA